CACAUGAGCAGCAGGAGGAGUCGGGAGCGGAGAGGCUUGACGGCGGAUAUAACACCACGCCCCUCUCUGCCAAGCAUCCAUUUACUGAGGAGCUGAUGUGUGCUGCCUCACUGGAUGCAUUCAGACUCAGCAGUAACAGAAGGAAAAACCCUUCAGUGCUGUGGCACUCUGGAUAUGGAUUACAGCACGCAGGAGUCGUCUUAUGAGCAGCCACUGGAGCAUUUCUGAAGAGGUUCGUUGCAUCAUUCUUAGCAGAAUCUUCACGUUGGAUAUUUAUAACCUCAGAGGGAAGGUGAAUUUAUAAGAGAAUCUAAGUGAAGCUGCUGACAGCGGUGUGAAACCUGGCUGGGGAGAAUCUGGAGGAUUUCACACUGAUAAGCACCAAGGAGCAACACAAGGAAACUGCAGUCUGUCCACUUCAUCCACCCAGGAUUCUACAGGUUGCUCUCACGCGUUGGGUUCAGACUUAAGUUUCGAACAUGACCACCAUGCAGAAGCUGCUGCAGCUGCCGGUGAGCGCCGUGAACAUGGUGAAGACGGUGCAGAACCAGGUCCAGGGAGGCCAGGAGGAGGACAAGAGUCCGGUGCUGACCCCCGACGGUGUCCAGCAGACGUGGUACAGCGCCCUGCAGCCUGACGAGCUGCGCCACCUCCGAUCUGGAGGCACAGGUGGUGGAGGUGGUGGAAGAGACCAGGAUGAGCGAGCAGCACUGGAGGAAGGUGGCGGCAGCAGCAGUUUUCAAAGUCAACCUUUGCGACACGACGACCUGAAGGAGAUGCUGGACAGCAACAAAGACUCACUGAAGCUGGAGGCGAUGAAACGGAUCGUGGCCAUGAUCGCCCGAGGAAAAAACGCGUCAGAUCUCUUCCCUGCUGUGGUGAAAAACGUGGCGUGUAAAAACAUAGAGGUGAAGAAGCUGGUCUAUGUUUAUUUGGUGCGUUAUGCUGAGGAGCAGCAGGAUCUCGCUCUGCUCUCCAUUUCCACGUUCCAACGAGGAUUGAAGGAUCCAAACCAGCUGAUCAGAGCGAGCGCCCUGCGAGUCCUCUCCAGCAUCCGGGUCACGAUAAUCGUCCCGAUAAUGAUGCUGGCCAUCAAAGAAGCUGCUUCCGAUAUGUCUCCAUACGUCAGAAAGACUGCUGCUCACGCAAUUCCCAAACUCUACAGUUUGGAUCCAGAACAGAAGGACCAGCUGAUUGAAAUCAUAGAGAAACUCCUCGCUGACAAAACCACGCUGGUGGCAGGAAGUGUUGUCAUGGCUUUCGAAGAGGUGUGUCCAGAACGCAUCGACCUGAUCCACAAGAACUACAGGAAGCUGUGUAACCUCCUGAUCGAUGUGGAGGAGUGGGGGCAGGUCGUCAUCAUCAACAUGUUGACCCGCUACGCCAGAACGCAGUUCCUCAACCCAAACAUGAAUGAGUCGCUGCUGGAGGAGGGAGGAGACAAGACCUUCUACGGCUCUGAUGAAGAUGAGGAUGAAGACGAGGAGGAGGACAAAGAUAAGAAAGCCGAGGCUGCCACCUUGGCCAAGAGGAAACCGUAUGUGAUGGAUCCAGAUCACCGGCUGCUACUGAGGAACACGAAGCCGCUGCUGCAGAGCCGCAACGCAGCUGUGGUGAUGGCUGUGGCUCAGCUGUAUUUCCAUCUUGCCCCUAAAGCAGAGGUUGGGGUGAUCGCCAAGGCCCUGGUGCGUCUCCUGAGGAGUCACAGUGAGGUCCAGUUCGUUGUUCUCCAGAACGUGGCAACAAUGUCGAUCAAGAGAAGGGGGAUGUUUGAGCCGUACCUGAAGAGUUUCUACAUCCGCUCCACUGACCCAACCCAGAUUAAAGUCCUCAAGCUGGAGGUUCUCACUAAUUUGGCCAAUGAGACGAACAUCUCCACCAUCCUCAGAGAGUUUCAGACGUACAUUAAAAGCAUGGAUAAAGAUUUUGUGGCUGCUACCAUCCAAGCAAUCGGCCGCUGUGCUACCAACAUCGGCGAGGUGAGGGACACGUGUCUGAACGGCCUGGUGCAGCUGCUGUCCAACAGAGACGAGUUGGUUGUGGCCGAGUCGGUGGUUGUUAUCAAGAAGUUGCUGCAGAUGCAACCGGAGAAGCACAGCGACAUCAUCAAGCACAUGGCCAAACUAACAGACAACAUCCAGGUGCCUAUGGCAAGGGCCAGUAUCUUGUGGCUGAUUGGAGAGUACUGUGAGCACGUACCUAAGAUCGCCCCGGAUGUCCUGAGGAAGAUGGCCAAGUCUUUUACGAAUGAAGACGACAUUGUCAAGCUGCAAAUCCUCAAUUUGGCUGCAAAGCUUUAUCUCACCAACUCCAAACAGACCAAACUUUUGACGCAGUAUGUUCUCAACUUGGCCAAGUAUGACCAGAACUACGACAUCCGCGAUCGGGCGCGCUUCAUUCGCCAGCUCAUUGUGCCCACGGAGAAGUGUGGGGCUCUGAGCAAGUACGCUAAGAAACUGUUCCUCGCCCUGAAACCUGCACCGAUCCUCGAGUCUCCAUUUAAAGAUCGAGACCAUUUCCAGUUGGGUUCAUUGUCCCACCUGCUGAAUGCCAAGACUGGGGGCUACCAGGAGUUGCCUGACUGGCCUGAAGCUGCCCCAGAUCCCUCCGUGCGCAACGUGGAGGUGAAGGAGUCUGUUUUUACGCUGCUUGAAAGAGUCACAACAUUAACGAGUGUGCCCGAGUGGACAAAGUGCAGCAGCCGGGAGAAGCGGAAGGAGAAGAAGGUGGAGAAGCCGUUCUACUCGGACUCAGAGGGCGAGUCUGGGCCGACAGAGUCAGCUGAUAGUGAGUCGGACUCUGUCAGCGGCUCAGAGAUUGGCAGCGGCAGCGGGGUGAGCGGGUUAGGAUCAGAAAGCGAAGAGAGCGAGGAAGGCUCUGAGUCUGAGGAGGAGGAUGAAGAGGAGAAAGACAAAAAGAAGAAAAAGAAAGAAUUAAAGAAGCCGGUGCGAGAAAGUGAAAGUGAGCAGAGCAGUGAAGAAGAAGAGAGCAAGCGUGAGAGGAAAAGCAAACCACGCAAGAGCGCCUCAGAAUCGGAAUCAGAUGAGGAGGAGGAGAGCGAGUCCGAAAGCAGCCAAUCAGAGUCUGAGGACUCUGAUUCUGAGGUAGAGGUCAAAAAGAAAAAAAAGGCAGCUGAAUCUAAACCUCCCUCCAAACCUGUCAAGAUCGAGAGCAAGAAAGAGAAGAAAGAGAUGUCGCUACUCGACCUGGACGAUUUUGAGCCUGCACCCUCUCCUCAAGUCACGCCCAUCAACACCUUCCUGUCCAGCAGCCUUGCGACCGACCUGGAGGGCUUGUCUCUGUCUGACAGUGUUCUCUCCCCGGCAACCAUCGCCCCCUCCAGUGCGUUGAAGAGCUACGAGCUGCUGCACCGCAUCACAGGGGAGGGUCUGUCGGUGGAGUACUGCUUCAGCCGGCAGCCUUUUAGCCCUGACGCCAACAUGGUGGCGGUGCAGAUGCAGUUCACCAACAGCGCCACGUCCGACACCAAGAACCUGCACAUGGAGGACGUGAAGCUGCAUUCUGGCAUGAGAGUGAAAGAGUUCCCAGAGAUUGAGCUGCUGCCGACAGGUGAGACAUCCACAGCUGUAAUGGGCAUCGAUUUCUGUGACUCAACCCAAGCGGCGAACUUCCAGCUGUGCACUCACACCAGGAAAUUCUUCGUGUCUAUCCAGCCGCUGGUUGGGGAGCUGAUGAGGCCUGUCUUCCUGACUGAGAACGAAUUUAAAAAGGAACAAGAGAAGCUAUUACACAAUCAUGGUCAGCUGAUGGGCAUGAACGAAAUCACAGAGAGGCUGACUCUGGACAUCAAGUGUCGGAAUGAACACGCCAUCGUCCAGCGGGUGGCCACCGCCGCCAACCUCAGCAGAGUCCCCUGUGGUUCCGAUAAAGAGUGCAGUCCUCCUGUCCCUCCUGCUGAUCACCCUGUCCACAGGUUUGCCGGCCGCACAGUGACCAGCGGCAGCCUGGUGUUGGUCACCGUGGCGACCAAAGAGGAUGGAGCCGCCCAGCUGACGGUCAACUGCGAGAAGAUGGUGAUCGGCACCAUGCUGGUGAAGGACAUCCUCCUGGCUUUGACGCAGUGACCCGUGCCUGCGCUCUACCUCCACCCCCCGCCCCCCCUCGCUCCACCCACCUCUCACAUAUUGUCCAGGUCAUCACACGUGUAGCAUCGCCUCCGUUCUCGAGUCGAUGAGAACGUUUCCAGAUUGUUUAACUCCAGGUUGUUGUUUUCUUAAAGAGCCCCCCGCUCUCAGAAACUGCUGAAGGCCACAACUCAACACGAUAUUCAUGACAAUCAGACCGAUGUUUGACUUGAUCCUUUGCUCCCAUUUAAAGUUUCUUAUAUUCAUCUUCCAAAAAUAUUUGUUUUGCAACAUGUUUGUUGCUUGAGGACAACAUUUAGUGGUCUCAAAAUCUGGAAUAUGACAAGUAACUCCCAUCCAAAUGUCAGAAGUUACUCACUGCAAAAACAUCACAGGCACCUGAUUCGUGGUUCAAAUCUCAAUACAAGGUUCACCUUGCACCUUGUCUUCACCGUGUACCUCAUGUUUUCUGAGCUUUCAGCUGCAUGUCAUGAUCUUCAUCAGCGGAUGGACUCACAGAGACUACAGGGGAAGUUUAUUUGUGCAGCAUCUUUCAACAACAAAGUGCUGUACAUAAAAAAGGCAUAAAGACUAAAUACAAUAAGAUAUAAUUUGCGACGGCUGCUUUGUAUUCCUUCCAUACAGCUUCGCUGUGAUGACGACCUUUCAAGUUGUGAUAAGUAAUAUUAAGAUUUGUGGUGUUGAAACUUGGAGUCUUUUUCCCCUCCUCUCAGAAUUUUGUUAAGUAUAAUGAAAUGCUGCCACCCGCUGGAUAAUCACAAUUAUCUGCUUUUUUUAUCGGCUUAGAUGUCAUUUCUUGGAAUAAUAAAAAAGAAAAUACUUUUCCUUUUAAUUAAUAAUAUUAAACCAAAACUAGACAUAGCAUCGACUAGCACCAGGUAAAGCUCAUCAAUAACCAGAGAAAGGUAAAGGAGGGCAUCAAUGGCACCCCCCCACCCACCCCCUGCAUCAUGAUCAAUUCUACGACGCGACCUGAUAUCAUGUGUGUAAACUCCAUCUGCUGAGGAAGACCAUGAGAUGUGGUGCAGUGCUUUGAAAAGAUAAAAACUAGGAUUAUUUAUGUGGCCCUAACUGAGAAUGUAACAAUUAAAGUCACUCACACAGUCAUAUUAGGAGUCCAAUCCUGACAAAACCCAUUUUUAUAAGUGAUGCAGUUCCACCCAUAAAACUUGGUGAAAUUAAUUGAAAAUACAAAUGGCCAAGUAGUUUUUUAUAAUUCUUUGAGAAGUGGAUGAACAAAUCUGUCACGGCAGUUUUAAUUUUACGCUUGUUAGGUGCCAGCUAUCGGAUUAUUUUAAGAUGUAGAUAUUAGAGUUGAUAGAGAAUACACUGUAGAAUCCCAGAGAACAGGUCACCAUGAAAAACAUUUUUAAGUUCCUUAAGAUCUGCUUCAUCAAUACUCAUCCAGUGAGUUGAUUUACAAAUCAAAUGUAGCAUGAAGGCUCAACUAAGACAACACUUACCUGCAACUGAACCGGUUUUGGCACAAUAACAAAUGUUAAUCAAUGACUCGCCACUCCUGUGAAAAUAGAAGGGUUUUCACGGCACCUCUGCGGUACAGUAGUUGUCAUAGUGUGAUGUUCAUUACAGUACGUGGGGCGUUGUAUAAAUGUCAUUGUAUGUAUUGCGACAUGUAAUGCAGUAAUACUAUAAGGUGUGGUGUGUGUGUGAGUGUGUAUGCGUGUGUGUUUUUGUGGGUGUGAUGAUACUGAAUAUUGACCAGUCAAACAUUAACAAGAAACUGACUCUCUGUCAUGAAGCUCAUCGCCAUCAUCAGUCGUCAGUCACCUUGUAGCGGUGUUUGCUGAGUCAGCUGCAGGCUACAAAGAUUCAGAAAUGAUUUACCCGUCUCUUAUUUCAUUGUUAAUUUGUCACCUUACCAACCUGAAAUUCUGAUGAAUGUUGACAAAUGUUACAGAAGAAAUGCAGAUUGUAGAAAACCUUCAAAAAUGAGUGAAACUUAUUUACCUAACAAAAGUCAUCAAAGUCAAGGGAAUCGAUUGAUGCAAAAUGAUGCAAUAUUGGGUCCAUAAAGCUAAAGAUGUCUUUAAGAUGUCUUGUUUUGUCCAGCACACAGAUAUUCACUGGAAUAUCACAGAAACUUCAGGAAGUCCCUUUUUUUAAAUAACUAAUUGAUCAUCAAAAAGGCUGCAUAUUUUUUUUAGGUGAAAGCCUUAUUAUUUCAGCUCUACCAAAUCCAAUAUUUAGACUUUGCCCUUCAAAGGACAACCUUUAAAGGUCCUGUGUAGAAGACUUAGUGGCAUCUAGUGGUGAGGUUGCAGGUUGCAACCAACUGAAUUCCCCUCCCCUCAUCAUUACUUUCCAAGUGUGUGGAAGAACCUACACUUAAUAGAUAACACCUAGAUAACAUAAAAAUACGAAAGGUCCUGUCAAAAGCUGUUGUUUAGCUUGUCCACUCUGGGCUACUGUAGAAACAUGGUGAGACAACAUGGCAGCCCCCAUGGAAAAGGACCCUGUCUUGACAUAGAUAUAAAGGGCUAAUUCUAAAGAGUUGGAAACACAAUGAUGCUUGGUUUCAGGUGAUUGUUCACGAAUGAAAACACUAGAAAAAUGUUUAAUUUUCGACAAUCCAUUUCUUUUAAAUGGAUUGUCAUGAGUCCUACACAGUACACUUGGUUUCUUGCUGAAACACAUGUUCACUGUAGCUACUACAUAGCUUCAUUCUGCAUUUUAGUCCAACUCUUAAAUAAACUUUAACAACUGAAAGAUGAUUUCCCUUUGAGGUUAUACGUUUUUGAGAAUCUGUUAAAAUACCUUCCUGAUGUGCGGAUGAUAAUGUCUGAGAUGUUCAGGUUAAGUGUCAGGUGACACUCCUCAUGCCUUUGUUGACAUUUAGAUUUCACAUCACAGGUCGUGCGGUUUCUUUUUUUGUCGUCGGCCCUUAUGUAGUGGCUGCGCAUAUUUUUCUCAUCGUCAACAGAUUGUUUGUGUUUCUAUUUAUUAAUUAAUUGUUUCUUGACUGUUGUGUUAUGUUUAGUUUUUUUACCAAGAGAGUACAGUCCAGCAAAACAUUGAACAGUUGAAUUGUUUAUUCGGAAACUGAGAUUUAUAGUCACGGCAGCACAGCCAUUCUGAAGAAUGUAAAGAGGACGGAAUAUAAGUUUUAAUGUAUAAAAACAAAUCCAAUGAAAACGUUUUCUCCGCAUUGGUUUUCAAAUAUCCAAAGUAUGGUUCAUCAUACCCUGUGUGUGGUUGUGAAAUGUGGCCCUGAAGUAUUACAGGUUUAUUUAUUAUACAAAUAAAAAAAUAUAGAUACAA